CUUCUCCGAUCAGCUCCGGUAGACGAGGCCAGAGCUGGGAUUGAAACAGAGAUGCCUCAAGAUGCCAUCUUCAACGCGGAUCGGCAUGCGAUGGGCAAAUUUGGUGACUCUUUCCAGGAAGAUUCGACGUUGGCGAUCAACCGCCGCCAGUUCUGGCGAGGAUGAGAUCGCUGCAUGCAGAAAAUGGAUGGCCUCCUUCAAUCCAGACUCCAUCCCAAAGAGAUUGUGCGACAUCUCCUUCAGCCGCUCCUCUGGGCCGGGUGGCCAGAACGUGAACAAAGUGAGCUCCAAAGCAACACUGCGUAUAGAACUGAGCUCUCUGCUACCAUUGCUCCCGAGCCUGCUUCACCAACCGCUGCGGCAAUCGCGUUACUACGCGCCCAACUCGAACGCUCUCGUCAUUCAAGCAGACGACAGCCGAAAGCAGGCAGACAAUGCGCACAAGUGCUUUGUCAAGCUUCACCGGCUGAUCACCGAGACCGCCGAGAAAGUCAUUCCUGGUGAGACAUCCGACGAACAGAAACAGCGAGUCAAAGAUCUCCAACGGAAGGAAAACGAGACGCGUCUGCGGGCAAAGAAGUACCAGAGCAGCAAAAAAGCCUCGCGACGCAAGACUGGAUGGGAUGAGUGAAAAGCUCCGAAUCCCUUCCAAACCCUCACCCGUCUGCCAUGACAACGGCCUUUUCCUGUGGCUUCAUCGUGUCUCGCAGAGCAAGUAAUUGGACGUCUUGCGGGUACGUCUUCAAUGCGAGCUCGAGAAGCGUCUUCACAGAAGCACGAUCCUGUUUCUUUUUCUGCAACUGCUCGAGCACCGGCACCACAUCGCUGGCGCUUCCGAUGGCUUUGACGUACUGUCGCAGCGAUGCCGAAAGCGCUGUGCAAAUGUCUGCAUCGAGGUCUGGACUCAUCGUCAAUGGUAGCAGUCGCAAGAUGGCGCUUUGUGCAAGUUCUUUCUUCUGCAAAGACAGCCGUUUGAGAGCGCCGCGCACAGUCGCCAAGCAUUCAGUUAAAGCUUCUGGAAAGUCUGGUGAUGAAGUUGCAACGCCAGUUAUGGGAAGCAUGAAUUGGCAUGUAACCGUAUGCACGCUGUCUGGCUUGGAAGCCACAAGUCCUUCAACGACAUGACGUAGGACCUUGUCGAUUGUAGUGCCUCGCUCAAAUUCAGCUACCAUGUCGAAAAAUUUCUCUCCCAAU